AUGGGAAUCAUAGAAAAGGGAACAAUCUCAGGUACCUUGCCAAGCAAGGAGGCCUUUGCUGUUCACUUCCCUGGAUACCCAUCAUCUAUUUCCCGAGCCAUCGAGACCCUUGGAGGAAUCCAAGGAAUUACAGAAGCAAGGAAAUCAGUUUCAAACAAGCUUGAGCUUCGUUUCCGGCCUGAGGAUCCUUAUGCACAUCCUGCAUUGGGAGAACAACGUCCUUGUAGUGGUUUUUUGUUGAAAAUUUCUAAGGAGGAUAUUAAGAAACCUGAGAACCAACCUGCUCCUGCCACUAGUGAUGUAUGUUUGGAGGAAGCUACUCCAGCUCUAUGUGCAGAUAUUGUAGCUCGCGUGUCUGAAUCGUUCCACUUCGAUGGCAUGGCUGAUUAUCAGCAUGUUAUUCCUAUCCACGCGGAUAUUGCGCGGCAGAAAAAGAGAAAGUGGAUGGACUUGGAUCCCCUUGCAGGAAACAAUGAUUUGAUGGACCUGGCUGAUGAAGAUGUAAUGAUGUUAUUGCCACAGUUCUUUGCACCUAAAGAUAUGCCAGACAACUUAGUGUUGAAACCUCCGUCAACAUCUGGUCCCAAAAAGAAAGAUGAUGCGGCAGCUCAGAACUUCUAUGAGAUUGAUAUUGGCCCAGUAUUUGCAAUUGAUUUUAGCUUUGGUCUGUCCUUAGCUAUCAUACAGAUCCCAAAGAAACUAAACUGGGAAGAGUUUGUUUCUCCCAGCUCCUACCACUGGAAAUGGCAAGUAUCAGUGUCUGCAUUGUUUGAAGAGCGGCCUAUUUGGACAAGAGAUUCUGUUGUUCAACGAUUACUUGAUAAAGGCCUUAAAUGUACACAUCAUAUGUUAAACAGGUAUCUCCUCAGGUCUGGCUAUUAUUUCUCCAAUGGUCCUUUCCUUAGGUUCUGGAUUAAAAGAGGCUAUGAUCCACGGAAUGAUCCUGAGUCUCGUGUAUAUCAGAGAAUGGAAUUCAGGGUUCCACCUGAAUUACGGAGUUAUUGCGAUGCCAAUGCUACUAACAAGUCAAAGCCAAGCUGGAAUGAAAUUUGUGGUUUUAAGUUAUUUCCAUUUAAAUGCCAAACAUUUCUGCAGUUGUUUGAACUUGAUGACGAGUACAUCCAGCGAGAAAUAAGAAAGCCUCCCAAGCAAACUACUUGUACUCAUAAAGCAGGAUGGUUCUCAGAAGCCAUGCUUGAUACUUUGAGACUCCGUGUAGCUGUGAGGUUUGUGUCUGUAUUUCCUGAGCCAGGUUUCGAAGAUGUAUUUAGAUCCAUUCAAGAAGAGUUUGAAAGGUCAGAGAAAAUACAAGCCAUGAAGGAGACUUUUAAACCAUCUCUAGUGAAGCACCGGGAGGCAACUAAAGAAUCUGAAGAUAUUGCAAAGUGCAAAAACGCAAAUGAAGAUGUUGAUGUUAAUGUUAACGAAGAUAGAGAUUAUGAAGACCUGGAUGAAGAAGAGGAAGAAGAAGAAGAAGAAGAAGAACUCGACAUGGCUGCAGGAGACAAUGAGAUAUCUCUUGAUUCCCAUGGAUAUAUUGAUACCGAGAGCAGCUCCAGAUCGUAUCUACAAGGAUUGUUCGAUAGUUUUCCAACGGGUGAACAUGGUUCGUAUGGAGACUUUGCUGUUGAUGAUGGGAGUGAUGGAGAGAUUCCGAUAUACGAAGAAGAAUCUGACGGUUUGUAUUCCAUUGAUGAUGGUGAUGACGAAGAAGAAGAAGAGGAAGACGACGACGAUGAUGAGUGA